AUGCCCUUCGGAGAUGUCCACGGCGAUCACAGUUUCGGCAAACCUUAUCAAUAUGGAAGCAAUUAUCAGUGUACCGACAACGACAGUGGUAAUACUGUUUGGCUGUACUACCAAAAUACACGGGGAUUAAGAACUAAAAUUGACGAGCUUUUUCUGACGACCCGUGAGUGCAACUUUGACAUCAUAAUACUGACAGAGACAGGGUUAGAUGAUCGUGUCAACUCACUGCAGCUGUUUGGGACAACUUUUAAUGUGUUUCGCUGUGAUCGCUCUAUACGCAAUAGCAACAAAUCCAGCUUUGGCGGUGUUUUGAUCGCUGUGGCUCAGUGUCAUCCUAGCUCAUUCAUCGAAACUGUGAGUGGCGAGUGUUUGGAGCAAGUUUGCGUCAGCGCUACCGUUAGGGGAACUAAACUGCUGCUGUGCGGUGUGUAUAUACCACCAGAUAGGAGCCACGAUGUCAAGACUAUCGAUGCACACAUUUCCUCUAUUGGCGAGCUGUUUGAUAAAAGUAAUGCGAAUGACAUCGUGUUUGUCUGUGGUGAUUAUAAUCAGCCACGCAUCGUGUGGAUGCCUGGUGCUGCCCCUGCUUCUGUUCGAUUGCCUGUUGCUAGUGCGACGCUGAUAGACGGCAUGGAUUAUUUAAAUCUAAGGCAGCAAAACUAUCAGCGAAACCAUAACGAUCGUACCCUGGAUUCAGUUUUUUGUUUCCUUGACCAUCAGCUUACUGUUAAUAACUGUAUUAGACCGCUACUCCCUGUCGACCGCUACCAUCCACCCCUAACUGUCUCACUACCUACCGUCCGUUCUCAUAGUACUGUUCCGUUGUGUGCAGAUAAUGGAAGCAGAUUGAACUACCGAAAAGUUGAUUUCGUCGCAUUGAUCGAUUAUUUGAUGAGCCUCGACUGGAAUUCAAUCUACGUUUGCACUGAUGUCGACGAUAUGACAGCACGCUUUUGCGAUAUAAUUGGUCAGUGGUUGAAUGCAAAUGUACCGCUAGCGAAGCGUCCCAACAUCCCUGCUUGGAGCACGCGUCGAUUGCAUGAAUUAAAACGGCUUCGAAACAAUGCCCAGCGUAAAUUUCGCCGUUUGAAAACGCAGGUAGCGAGACAUAAUUUCGAAAGCACCAGCGACGAAUACCGCCGUCUUAACAGAGAAUUAUACAAAUCCUACGUCUUACGUGUACAGGCAGACCUUAGGAGAAACCCCAAAGGAUUUUGGAAUUUUGUCAACUCCAAACGAAAAUGUUCAUCGGUGCCUGUAAAUGUUCGCUUGGAUGACUUAGACGCGACUUCAGAAUCGGAUUCGUGUGAGCUUUUUGCAACUUUUUUAGCAUCAGUGUUUGCUGAUAGAGUUGCCUCCGAUGCCGAGGCGGAUAUUGCGGCGGCUGAUGUUCCGGCCGAUUUGAUUGAUUUGACAACAUUUGAAAUUACCACUGAUAUGAUAAUGGAUGCCGCCAAGAAACUUAAGCGAUCUUAUACUCCGGGGCCCGAUGGCAUCCCCGCUAUAGUUAUCAGCCGUUGUGCUAAUGCGCUAGAUCUGAGUAACUCUAGUCAGUUGGUGAACGGUGGAGUGACCCUGUCUAAGCCCGAACUGUUCUGGGAGGAAGAUGUUAUUCUGGUUCGCGAAUUCUAG